AUGACAAGUAAUCCCAGACAACCGAGGGGUCUUUACAGGAGUCGCUAUAUUGAUAUGAGCAAUUAUGCGCUAUUUGUAUCAACUGAACAAGCAGAAGAUCAAGACCCUCUGCCAGCCCACAACGAUGCAAAACUAAUGGUUAACUUCUUGAGAUACAAUCCUGAUGCGAUGAGAAGCCUUGGUCUAGCGGAAGUCAAACCGUCUUCUGUUGAAAAUAUUAAGCAGCAAAUGAGUUGGCUUGUCGCACAUGAACUUAAGGAGUUAAACAGGAGAUUCUUCUAUUACUCUGGACAUGGAACGAGUGAUGAACAUCAUGGGCAUCAUAAAUACUCAAUCUUUGCUUGGGAGAAUGAUAGCUCUCAUAAAGUUGAUGAUGCGGUUGAACCUUUGAGAAACGAAAAAACUGUAUUGUUUGCAAUGUUCGAUAGACAAAUGAAUAUAGAUCUGCCAUAUGAAGUUCACAUGGGCGAGGUAGAUCUACUUGAAGAACCUACAAUAGUUUUUCAAAGUGUGGCUCAUGUAUCUAAAACUCCAGAAGAGCUUCAUAACAAAAGAGUUAUAUUACUUACUGCAUGUGAGCAUGAUCAAGUAGCUGAAGUUGAUCAUCCUGUGAUUCAAGAAGGAAUCAGUCAACAGGAACUGCCAGAGCAGUACAGUAUGCUUACAUGGUUCUUUAAUGAAGUUAUGAAGAACAAGAAGAGGAUAAAGGCAAGGGACCUUAUUUAUUACAUCAGGGUUUAUCUUGAUAAUGUCAACAGAGAUUUAGAUCAGAGACCACAACUCAAGUUUAGUUGGCAACCAGUGCUAACAAGGAUGAAUGCUAGCCAAACGCAGAUAGAGUUGUCAUCUCAUUCAAAUACACAGAAAGGCGAUAAAUGCAAAACCAGUGAUAAAGCAGAGAGAAGAUACGUAUUAUACAAAUGA